UUAAACUUAACUUUUAAAUAGUAACUUGUUUACUUUGUUCAUAGAAGGAGCUUAUCCAACAAUAACAACAACAGACGCAAAUCCAAACGUAAAGGUAGAGCGCAAACGAAACAUAACAUACCAUAACAGAAACCAUUUAACCAAAAAACCUCCAUUUUCGAGCAAAAAGCUGCUAGCUUCAGUUUUUUGUCUCUGGUCUCAACAAUGGCAUCAUCAAGAAAAAUCUUUCACUCUAAGCCAAGCUACAGCUUUCCUAUUGAUCCUUCCACCAUUGAUAACCCUCAUCUCGUUUUCGAAUUCGAGGAAGCUGAUUUGUGGAAAUUACCAUCAAACGAUCAUCACCCUCAUCAUCAGUCAUCGAAUAGCGCCGGCGCGUUGGAGCUGUCGAGAUCGGCAAAAGGAAUACCCAGUUCUCGUUCGUCGAAGAAGCUUUUGGCGAAUAUGCACGUGUCGUCUACUUCAUUGCCGAUGAACAUACCGGACUGGUCGAAGAUUCUUAAAGAGGAGUACAGACAUGGGAAGAGUGAUGAAGGAGGAGACGGUCAUAACGGCAACGGCAUCAGCCAAAACGACGACGAAGCAGAAUACUACAGCUGGGUUCCUCCGCAUGAGCUUUUAGCGAUGAGGAGAGGGGCUUCGUUUUCGGUUCAUGAAGGAAUAGGGAGGACUUUGAAAGGAAGAGACUUGCGUCGGGUCAGAAAUGCAAUAUUGAAGAAAGUUGGGUUCGAGGAUGAAAAUAUUGAAGUUAAUUAUUAGAGCUUUUUAUGGGAAAAAUUUUGAUCCUCUAGCUCUUCCUUUUUUAAUUAUGGGGUUCUUCAUCUAAUUAAUUUAUCUUUCUAAUCCUCUAAUUUGUGAUGUUUUCAGUAUCGAAUCAGAGGAUGAUUUUCUGAUGUAAUUACCAUUAAAAUUAACUAUAUAUGAGACUAGAAAAAUCUGAAUGUUAAUAUU